CUAGCUCCAGUAGUCUCACAGUAUCCCUGCUGAUAAGAUGAUUGAACAGGGUUAAACUAAACACAGUGAACCAACCCUCCAGUUAAAUAUGGCGUGGAGGAGUAUUACAAGUGUUCUGCUUCUAGCUUACCUCACUGUAUCUUAUGCUAAAGUUCCUGUCCUGAGCGUGGUUGGUAGCUAUGAAGGAACGGUGAGCGAGAAAGGAGGAAAGGUUGAAUUAUCUCCAGAGCUGAGAACUGAGAAUGGACCCAUCUGUGGGUACAGGAUCAGUGCUAGUUAUAACGAAAAACUUCCUUUUGAGGUGUUUAUGCUGGAUCAAGUGGAUGGAAGAGCGGAGAUGAAGGUGAGACAACCUCUAGAUUGUGAAACCAAGCGAAGCUAUAAAAUGAGUCUGGUAGCAGUAUCCUGUACAGGGGAAGUGUCUGACAGUGUCGAGGUUCAUAUCUCUGUAAGGGACGUGAACGAGUAUCUACCUGAGUGGAGAGAGGAGGAGUACAGUGUUCAGGUUCCAGAAGGAGAGUUAAUCGACAACAUUAUCUCCGUCUCUGCCAAGGAUAAGGAUUGCUCUCCGACCUUUGGUUCUAUAUGCGGUUACACGAUCUCUAGCCCAGAGCAACCUUUCGAGAUAAACGAUCAUGGUGUGAUCAGGAACACAGUUCCGCUCUACUCCCAAGAGUCUAGAAUACAUGUUCUCAGUGUGAUAGCUCGAGAUUGUGGAGGGAAGGAAUCAAGUUCUGUUCUAGUUACGAUCAACGUAUUACCGAAGUGUAUAACUUCUUGGACAGAUGUAUCCACGAGUAUGACGUAUAUCCCAGGAACAGGUCCUCAGCCUGUAUUCCCAGCAGCUAAACUCCAGCUAUGCCCUGCUGUCUGUCAACCUGCCAGGAUAGAAACAUCUCUCACCCUUCACACCGACCAUGUUGGUGUAGGAUGUGACAGAGACACUUACAGUUUAGCCAGUCAGAGGAAGAUGUGUGGAUCCAGUAGUAGUGCUGUAGAUCUACUCCCAGCGGAAUCUGAAGCUAAGUGGGUUGACCAGCUCAAAACUGACAAAGGACGUGAGGUUAAUCCUGUUUAUCAUUUCGAUGGAAACUCCGCUGCAACAAUUCCGGAGCAGGUUCUACCACAUUCUCUGGGAUCAGAGUUUACAGUUUACACCUGGAUGAGACAUGGAUCUAAGAAUAUGGAUAAGCACAGCAAAGAACAUAUAGUUUGUCUUGCCGAUGAUCAUCGUAAGAACCGACAUCAUCUCGCUCUGUUUGUCAGGAACUGUAAACUGGUUUUGUUGUUCCGCCGCGAAUACGUGGAGGCGGAAAGAAAUGUAUUUAAGCCGGCGGAGUGGAGAUGGUCUCUGCCCCAGGUUUGCGAUGAUAAAUGGCAUCAUUACGCUGCAAGUGUGAACACUGACGGAGUAGAGCUUACUCUGGACGGAGAGGUUUGGCAACCGGAGCCAAACAACCCAGAGAUAAUUGAUGACUGGCCACUGCAUCCUGCUUCAGACCUGAAGACCACGUUUACCGUUGGAGGUUGCUGGCAUGGAUCUGAUAUGAAGAUGAGACACUUGAUGAAAGGAGAUCUUGCAGGUCUUGCUGUUCUACCAGGGAAAAAGGAACACUCCGAGGUUUUGAAAUGUCUUGUUCAAUGCAGUGAAUCCUUACAGCUACCAGCAACUAAUCUUCUGGAUCCUGGGAUGGAGAUGAUCACGAACAGUCAUGGAAGUCAGGUCACCAUCGAUGGAAAGGAUUCUAAGAAUAUGGAAGAAUUGGUUCGUCAGGUUGCGUAUCUGAAUACUCGUGAGUUCCCAGCUCCAGGUAGAAGAAGGAUGGAGCUUACAACCACUAUAACAUGUCAAGACGGAUCCAAGAGAGAAGUUCCGCUCUCGGUCUCUAGAAUCCUGGUGCUCCCUGUUCCUCAACCCACCAUUAGUCUCAGCGCCACGGAGAAUAAAUCACGAGGUUAUGAGGACUUUAAGAAAGGUGUCAGAAUAUUCGAAGAUCUAAGCAUCAGUGUCUCCAAAGUUGAGGAUGAGAUCGAACCUGACUACGGAUCGGAUACCAAAGUGGACAGAUGUUCCAUCAUUGUUUUCCCACCUUUAAACCCUGAUCAUGAGAAGAUACUCCUUCCUCAGCCCAUGCUGAACAGUCUGAAUAUAGUUGGAAAGGUUGGAGAAGAAGGAGCGGAUAUAAGGGGUGCAGAUAUGAUCUAUAACUAUGAGCAGGUUCUAAGACAAGUUAUCUAUUCUAACCAGAAGCCUGCUUACUACCUGAACCGUCAGUUUAAACUAGUCUGCUCCGAGCUCAACCAGAGGUUUACCAGCAACGAGUAUGUACAAACGGUGAGUGUAGUGCAUCCUCCAGUAAACCCUGAGACCCUGGGACCUGUUCGUCCUGCUCAUCACCAGAUCUCCCAGCAUGGAGCGGAGGUUUCUUCAGCUAGGUUUAUCUCAUCUUCUAGGGAAUAUAUCUCUCUCACAGGACAAGCUCAAGGACACGCAGUAGUUGUUGUUGUUGCUGUGUGCGUGUGCUUGUUGAUAACUGUGCUCGGAGUUGGCGUGCUCCGAUUGCGCGCAGCGCACAGACGAUCCAGCGAGUGCGAGGCCGAAGUCGAAAUGGCCUGGGAUGAUACAGCGCUGAAUAUUACAGUCAAUCCUCUAGAGGAAUCUGAGUGUCAAGCCAUGGGUGGUUUAAGACCAACCGAGUCAGAUCUUGAGGAUUCGUCCGACGACGACAUGUACGCUGACGACACCUCGGAUGACGACGAUGAUGACGAUGAUGGAGUUGAAGAUGCUCCAACUCGUCACCGACUUGAGUGGGAUAAUGAUAUCUAAAUACAUUGUUCUACAGAGAAAUGGUUUUAAACCUUGGCAUUUUUCUAGGCAACCCACCCAUUCCUAUUCACGCUAAAUACAACCCGCCCAGAUCUAGCCAGUACUAAAUAUAUUACAAAACGUACCCUGAGAAAAAACCUAAACGUUGUACCGUACCAAUUCGGAUGUACAUUGUACAUAUAUUAUCUCUAUAGUUUACAUAUCAAAUAUUCCUCAACAUUCAGAAAAAAAUGAUUUUAAAUCUGCAGAUUUUUAAAAUGCUAAUUGUUAAAUGUUAAAUUGAAAAUGUAAAUGU